UUAUGUCUAAACAACUCUAUUUUAAUAACUUGAUUACUCAUAAAUUCUUAGAGCUAAAGAUAAUAGAAGAAAUUUGUUUUAAAUCUAUAAGUAGAGGUUCUCAUCUUUUGAAAAUUUAUUCUUAGAUAUUCAACAAAUUCAUAAAAUAUUAAUCAUAUAAAAAAGUGAUAGAUUCAGUAAAAGAAUAUUGCUAUGAAUAAUGUGAAAAACUUACUUCAAUUCCUAAAUCAAAUUUGUAGAGUAAAUUANAGCCAUUGUUUAAUUUUUUAAGAGAAGCUGAUUAACGUUAAAUAAAAAUCUUGGGAAUAUGUUUUGGUCAUUAAAUUAUGGCCCAUUGUUUAGGAGGAGAAGCAAAAAAAAUGACUUUUGUACCUCAUAUGUAAGUUGGGAGGUUAGCGUUACUCACAGGUUUAAAUUUUGGAGAAUAUUAAAUAAAGAAUCUAAAUGUAUAUUAAAUUCAUGGAGAUUAUGUUUUUGAGUUACCAAAAAAUACUGAGUUAUUAAUGAGUGCAAAACAUUGUUAGAAUUAUGCUUUUAAAAAUAAUCAUUUAUUAGGAUUAUAAUUUCAUCCAGAGUUUAAUCCAAUUAUCUUGAUAUUUUUUUUUAAGGAUUUUUAAGAUGAAAAUUUAAGAGAAAUAUAUUUAAAAGAAUGUUAUGAAAGUUUUAAAUAAGGAGAGGAUCACUAAUUAGCAAUUUGGGAUUAUAUUUUAAAUUUUUUAAAAAAUAAAUGA